AUGUCGACCGAUAAAAUCACCUUCCUCACCAACUGGCACGCCACCCCGUACCAUGCGCCGCUCUACCUCGCCCAGGCCAAGGGCUACUUUGAAGCCGAGGGAAUCAAGGUCGCUCUGCUCGAGCCCAACGAUCCGAGCGACGUCACCGAGCUCAUUGGCACCGCCAAGGUUGACCUCGGCUUCAAGGCCAUGAUCCAUACCCUCGCUGCCAAAGCGCGCCAGUUUCCCGUCCUUUCCAUCGGUAGCCUCCUCGACGAACCAUUCACGGGUGUCGUCUACCUCAAGGACUCCGGAAUCACCCCGGACUUUGGCUCCCUAAAGGGCAAGCGCAUCGGUUAUGUCGGCGAGUUUGGCAAGAUCCAGAUCGACGAGCUCACUUCUCACUAUGGCCUGACUCCAGCCGACUACACGGCCGUCCGCUGCGGCAUGAACGUCUCAAAGGCCAUCGUCAACGGGACAAUCGACGCCGGAAUCGGCCUCGAGAACGUCCAAAUGGUCGAGCUCGAGGACUGGCUGACUUCGCAAGGCCGGGACAAGUCAGACGUCCGAAUGCUUCGCAUUGACGAGCUGGCCGAGCUCGGAUGUUGCUGCUUUUGCUCCAUCCUCUACAUUGGCAACGAAAAUUUCGUCGAGCAGCACCCGGACAAGGUUCGCGCCUUCAUGCGCGCCGUCAAGCGGGCGACCGACUACGUCCUUGCCGACCCAAGAGCCGCCUGGAGGGACUUUGUCGACUUCAAGCCUGUCUUGGGAACCCCGCUCAACUGGAAAAUUUUCGAGCGUAGCUAUGCCUACUUCUCGCACGAUCUCAAGAACGUUGAACGGGACUGGGACAAGGUCACCAAGUACGGUCAGCGCCUUCGGAUCCUGAGUCCCGACUUUGUGCCCAACUACACCAACAAAUUCCUCGAAUGGCCCCUUGAGCCUGACUCGGCGGACCCCAUCGGCGACCAGAAGCGCAUGGUUGACCUCCAGAGGGAGGUUGCAUCCUGCGGCGGCUUCCGCAGGCUUUUACCCGUUAGGAUCUAA